AUGGAUGAAAACGACAGCACAAUAACAAUUACAGAUCAAUUAAAUUCUCUUCGUUUGAUAUUACAUUCAGAUGAUCAUCUUCAAAUUCACUUAUCAGGAGAUUAUGAACAAGUUCGUAUCGAACUUGAUCAUAAUAUACAAAUAAGUUUUUUCUUUAAUACACUUAACAUUUUACAUAAAUCAUUAACUAUUAAUAAUAUACAUGAUUUACGAAUUAAUAAAUCAUCAAAUAAAUGUCCAUUAAAUAAUGAUCAGUGGACAAAUAUUCAUAAAUAUUUUGAUGAAAUUAUUCAACAAUCAAAUGAACAAACAUCAGUUCGAUAUAUUAUUCAAUUAAUUCAAGAUCGUUUAUUACAAAUUGCACUAACAAAUAAAAAAUUCAAACAUAAAACGAAAAAAUCAGCAGAAACUAUAUCAACAACGACAAAUAAAUUUCAUGGUGCUGAUUUAAUCUUUAAUCGAAUAUUACAUGAUAAAACAAUUGAUCGAUCACAAGUUAUAAUUGGUUAUGAAGAUCGUUUUACAGGUAUACAUGAAAUAGCAUUUCAUGAAUUUAAAAGAGUUCACGAGCAUGAGUAUGGAGUUCCAACGCAUCGUAUUCAAUAUUAUAAAAUCAAUGAACAGAUUGUAUGGGAUCGAACGAAAAAGUUAGACACACUAACGGGUAGUGAUCAAUUAAAAGAAGUAUCAAAUGAUACUAAGCAAAGACCUACUCUGGUACAAGGACUCUAUCAUUUUGAUCAAACUCUACAACAAUGGAUUGAAUGUCCACAUAUAUCAUUAAGAUUAGACGAUCCAAAAAUCCCAUCAACAAAUGAGACAUGUCUUCCUGAACGAUGUCAUUUUGUAACAUGGAAUAUUUUAUUUGAUUAUUAUCAACGAGCACGUAUUUAUACUCCACAACGAUAUCAAUCAAUACUUCAAACACUUAAAUCACUUUUACCUGAUUUUAUUUGUUUACAAGAAGUAACUCUUAAUUUUCUUAAUCUUCUCUUAAAUGAAACAUGGCUACAAGAGAAUAAUUAUUAUAUUAUUAUUACAAAAAAAGUUAUUGAUAGUAAUAAAAAAAAAUCAUAUGGACAAAUGAUGAUUAUGAAAAAUUUUCGACCACGAUCAUUUUCAAUAUGCCCACUUGAUCUAUCUGAUGAUGAUCAUGGAGUAACAGCAAAAAAAUCGAAAACAAUAAUCAUAGCUCGAUUUGGUUUAAAUACUAAAAUUACAAUUGAUCUUGUUAAUCUUCAUUUACAUAGUGAUCAUUCUUCUAAUGCCAGUGAAAGACGUUGUCAAGCAUUAGAAAUUUUUUUUAGAAAAAUGAAAACAAAUAAUUGUAUGUUUAUUGGUGAUUUUAAUUUUGGAGAUAAUAAUUUAAAAGAACAAAAUAUUCUUGCAACAUAUGAAAAUAAAGUACAUGAUUUAUGGAAAGAUAUUUAUCAUCUUGAUCAAAAUCCUGGCUUUACAUUUGAUCCAUCAAGUAACAUUUGUGCUCGAAUUACAUGUCAGUCGCCAAUAAAUCGUCGUUUGGAUCGAUAUUUAAUUUAUGCAUUAGAUAAUCUUUCUUACGCAAUUGAACAUCUUUCAAUGAUUGGUAUGGAAAAAAUUCCUAUUGAUCCAUUGAAUAAUAAUAAUAACAAACGUAUUAACCAAUCUGAUCAUUAUGGUUUACAAUUAGUUAUUAAUUUUCGAACAAGAUCAAUAAAUCAUCGAUCAGCACUUGUUAUUUUACCAACAAUAAAUCAAUGGUCAUUAAUUGAUUCAUAUCGUAAACAAUAUGAUCCAUCAUUUGAUCGAUGGCCUCCACAUAUUAAUUUAUUAUGGCCAUUUUUUGACUUAACUGAUUGUCAAGAUGAUCAAGAAAAUAUUCUUUUACCAUUAAGACUUUUAUUAAGUCAAUAUCAAUCAUUUUCUGUUGAAAUUAAUGAAAUUGAUUCAUUUAUUGAAAAUAAUAUUAGUUAUAUGAAAUUAAAUCAACAAUCAACAAAUUAUGUUAAACAAUUACAUGAACAACUUAAACAAUUAUUUCCACAAAUUUUGAAAAAUGAUCAAAAUAGUUAUAAUCCACAUAUGACUAUUGCACAAUUUGAUAAUCAAGAAAAAUUAUAUGAAGCUAAAUCAUCUUUGACUUUAAAUGAAUCAUUUAAAUUUCCUGUUCAAUAUGUUUACAUCUUACAACGACCACAUGACAAUAACACAACACCAUUUCAUAUUACUUAUCAAUUACCAUUAGGUCCUGUACUUCAACCAAUUAAUUCGAAACAAUUAAAUUGUGUUGAUUUUAAAUUACAAGAACUUUUUCAAACAAUGAAUCUAUAUGAAACUAAUGAAUCAUAUCAACGAAAACAAGAAAAAUUCAAAAAACUUUCAUCUUGUUUUGAACAAAUUUUUAAUAAAGAUACAUUACAUUGUUUUACUCAUUCAUUUUUAUCAUAUAGAAAUCUUGAUACAGUGUUUCUUUUAAAUGAACUUGAAUCAAUAGAUAAUGAAACAACAUUUGAUAAAAAAUUUUGUCAAGUAAAACAUGAUUCAAAUGCAUUAAAUAAUCAUAUUGUUAAUUUACUUGAAACACAAAUAAAUGUUAAUUUAAAAAAUGAAAUAAUUUAUUAUCGAAAAAUUCAAGCAUUAUUUUCAAUGAUAUCAAUUUUAUUCAAUGAUCAAACAAAAGUUGAAAUAUUUGUGCAAAUUGAAAUAAAUAAAGAACAAUCUUCAAAUUUUCAAGAAUCUAGACAUGAAGUACAUGAAAUUGAACGUCUGCUUAUAUAUAUUCGUUCCCCACCUAUUUUUCAACAUCUUCUAACAUUUAUUCGUGCUUGGGCUCAACAUGUAGGUCUUUAUGGACAAGUCUACUGUUAUUUGGGUGGUUAUUCUUGGGCUAUCUUAUGUGCAUAUAUUUGUCAUACAUAUUUAUCACCUAUCAAAUCUCUUUCAUCAAUUGGACAUUUUCCUAUCAAUGAAUUUUUUUUAUUAGCUCAACGAUUUUUUUCCACAUUUGCACAAUUUAAUUGGUCAUCACAAGCACUUUGUCUUUAUUCAAAAUCUUAUAAACAAAUGACUCUUUCGGAUAAAUCAUCAGUACAUAAUCGUGGAUCAAUGCGUAUUCUAUCACAAAGUCCACCAUAUAAUAAUACAGAACAUUCAACAACAAAUUGUACACGUGAUUUAAUUAUUCAAGGUUUUCAAUGUGUUCUACAAUUGCUUGAUUCAGUAAAUAUAAUUACUUGUGAAGAUAAAAGGAAUGCACUUAAACAAAUUCUUGAAUUAAAUAAUGAUUUUCCAAAUGAAAAAACAAAAUCACUUCUUCAAUUAACACUUUCAAGUGAAAAUAUUCAUGAACUUCAUGAAUGGAUUGGUUGGAUAAAAUCACGUUUAGUAUGUUUUAUCAAUGAUUGUGAAGAAGAAUGUCAUUUAAUUAUUGAAACAUAA